AACCUUCACUUGGGUGCUCUUGCCGUCGUUGCUUGUUUACUCCAGCGUAGUGUUGUUGCUCAAUUUAGCGCUUUUUUUCUGCUUUAUUUAGCCUCCGUGUCUUCGCGCCCGUAAACUACCUAUCCAUCUCUUUUUCCCUGGCCCUGGCCUGCGAGGACCUCUUCUGUGUGUGCUUCGCGAGUCUCGUUGCCGCAUGCGUUUUUCUCGUUCUCGUUCUCGUUCUCGUUUUGCUGUUCAUUGCGAGAAGGAGGGAGGUCGGGGAAGGGCUUAAUGGGGACGAGCUGUCGAGCCGAGAGACUUACUUGGGCUCGUGGUUUUGGGGGAGUGUUUAGGAGGGGUUGCGUUUUACGCGCGCUCCAACGUACAGUCCUGCUUGAGGAGGAGGAGGUCGUGGUGGUCGUGGUGGCGGCGGCUUGCGCUGGCUUCUGCUCUGCUUUGCCGUGCCGUGCCGUCUUCUACGUUUGCGCGACAGCGAACUAACUACCUAAUCGCCAUUCUUAUACACACUUUUUUUGGUUGUUGUUGUUAUUGUUGUCAUUGUGGUUGUGGGGAAGGCGGACCCGUCAACGUCCAUCUCAUCUCAUCUGAUCAUGCCUAGGUAGGCUUGUCGUCGUCUGGCAAGCACGGGUAAGUCCGGAGGGCUUAAGUAC